AGGUCUCAGCAAGAACCACUCAACGACACCAAGAUCCUCACCAACCAAGCCAUCUUCAACACCUUCCCUGAAUUUCCCCUCGCUUUCCACAAUAUAUAAUAUAUUUUGAAAACCCAACCUCCAUAAAUACGUGCGCACCCCCAGAUUCUGAUUUCAUCAACCCAGAGAGCACUGGUUUCUCGAUCGAAGGCGUUUGAUCAUUAAUAACAAUGGGAAAAUCUCCCGUGAUUGCGUCGUUUCUAUGUUUCUUGAUCAUCAUCUGCCUCUCUCUGUUCGUCCCUGCAACCUCUGCCCAAUCUUGCUCCACCUACAAGUUCUCCAGCAAUAAGUUAUACUCUAAUUGCGUGGAUCUUCCUCACCUGAACUCUUUCCUGCACUGGAACUACCACCAGUCCAACGCCACGGCCGAUAUCGCCUACCGGCACACCGGCGUCGAUACGUCGACGUGGGUGGCUUGGGGACUGAAUUUGAAGGGGUCGGGAAUGCUUAACACGCAGUCGCUGGUGGCGCUGCACAACUCCAGCGGCGUCGCGCACGCCUACACCUCUUCCGUCGACGGCUACAGCACCUCGCUGGCCGAAGGUUCAUUGAGCUUCGAGGUUCCGGCGAUCUCGGCCGAGUACGUGAGCAGUGAGAUGAUCAUUCACGCCACUCUGAAGCUUCCGACUGGCCAGACCAGUUUCAACCAGGUUUGGCAGGAUGGCUCCGCCCCCAGCGGCGUUCCCUCUAAGCAUUCUAUGAGUGAUGCCAACAUGAAGUCGGUGGGGACUGUGGAUUUCCUCUCCGGCACCCAGACUGGUUCCACGGGCGGAAGCGGUGGAGCCGUAGGAGGUUCGAAGCAACGAAGGAAAAACGUUCACGGAGUUCUGAACACAGUGAGCUGGGGAAUUUUGCUGCCGAUGGGAGCCAUGACUGCGAGGUACCUGAAGGUGUUCAAGUCGGCCGAUCCGGCGUGGUUUUACCUCCACAUCGCCUGCCAAACCUCCGCGUACGGCGUCGGCGUCGCCGGAUGGGCAACCGGUCUAAAACUGGGCAGCGACUCUCCGGGAAUAACGCACGACACUCACCGGAACAUCGGCAUCACUCUGUUCUGCCUGGGAACACUACAGGUGUUUGCGCUGCUUCUGCGGCCGAAGAAGGAUCACAAGUACAGAUUCUACUGGAACCUGUACCACUGGAGCGUGGGAUACGUCGUAAUUAUCCUGAGCAUCGUGAAUAUCUUCAAAGGAUUCGACAUCUUGGAGCCAGAGGACAAGUGGAAGAAGGCGUACAUCGGCGUCCUCAUCUUUCUGGGAUGCAUUGCGGCGAUACUGGAAGCCUUUACAUGGUACGUCGUAGUCAAGAGGAAGAACAGCGGCGCCGACGACAACGUCGACAAGUACCAUAACGGAUCGAUUAAUGGAGGAGGAGGAGGAGGAGGUGUUCAUCCUUAGAUUCAGAUCUUCUAUUUGAUAUUUGAUUUUUAUGCUCAUUUUACAGGAUUUUUGGCUUGUUUGGUCACACUAGUGAUACACCUAUAUUCUUCUUCUUCUUCUUCUUCUUUUCUUUUCUUUUUUUUUUUUUCUGAGUUUUGUGAUAUAGGUAAGUCAUUAGAUCAGAGUGCUUCCUAGGGUACCAUUUGUUUUUUAUCUCUUGUAUUAAUAAAUAAAUUCUUUAUUUAAUUUUAA